AUGGGCGGCUCAUCAAGCACGAUCAAGAUUGGUAAGCAAGUUCUCGAAGUCACGCAAUCGAAGGAUUCGACGUCGCCUAUCCUUCUCCCAGGUCCCAUCGAGCCUCAAGCUCAAUGCCCCCUCCUCAGUCUCCCUGGCGAGCUACGUAAUAUGAUCUAUCAACACACUUCCGAGGUCGCAGGCGAUGUCUAUUGCGUCAAGGGAUGCCAUGGACCUAGUAUCGAUGAUUCCCACCCACAUAUCCAGCGCAUGCUAGGUUCAAACCAGCUCAAGUAUGUCUGCCGCCAACUCUACCACGAGACCUCUGCCAUAGGCCUGCACAAGAAGGACGUCAGCUUCAAGGUUGGACAUGUCCUAACUGCCGCCACCUGGCUCGACACAAACAUCACGAAGCUCAUCGUCGAGGGGUACAAAGGCACAGAUAUCCAUGUCGCUCCCCUCGUCCGAGCAUGCCGCUCCAAUCCGAAACUCGAGGUGUUUGUUCUCAGUCCCAGUCUUGUGAUUACCGCUGGUUGCAGCCACUUGAUACCUCUCGGCGCGGCCAUGCAAAUGGUUCUCCGGAAUCGAGCACUUCCCUUCUCCACCGACCACGAAACCAGCGUCAAGAUCGAGAAGCUUGUCAAAGAGAUCUUAGAGGAUCCAAUGCAUUUAGCGUAUUCAGUGCCUUCAGCGGUGGAGCGGCCGGUGCCGAGCAACUUCAAAAUCUUCCCCUGGGAUGCGUACGAUGAGGAGACGUUGAGGUACUCGUAUCUUCUGAAGCGCAAGGGCUUCGAGGAUUGGAUUGCGCAGAUUCGAGAGUGGUACUCGCAUGGCAUUUGAAGAAGCUGCACACGCAUAGGUGCAGAUGUGUUCUCGCUCG